AUACUGAGUGAAACAUGGCGGAGGACCCCGGCGGUGAUGUGGUGAAGCGAAUUCGGAGCGACUACUUCAGCGAAGAAAUAGUUUCGGAGAUACUAGCAAGGCUUCCAGUCAAAUCUUUACUCCGAUUCCGGUGUGUCUGCAAAUCAUGGUGUGCCCUAAUCGCCGAUUCUCACUUUGUGAAGAAACACUUCAGCUACGCAGAGAGUGGAAUCUACAACAACUCCAGGCUACUGUUUCUACAGAAUCCUCCGCUAUCAAUAUAAUUUGAAGCAGGGAAGAAGCUUUAUGCCCGUUCUGCAAUCAGAGAACUCCAUUUUCCGGUCGUAGCGUAGUUCACGUUUUUGGUUUGAAAUCCGGGUCGUGGAGAACCAUUCGGGAUCUCGAUUGCGCUGGAAUUCAGGGUAAAGGCUGCUUGUUCAAUGGAGCUCUACAUUGGCUUGUGCGAGGAUCAAGAAUUGUGUCCUUCAGUGUGGCGGAGGAGAAGUUUGAGGAGAUGGUUCCGUUAUUGGAUCAUGAUCGUGUUUUUCAGGGUGUACUAGUGUAUAAAGAUCAUCUGUGCGUGUAUGAGAUUAAGGAUGGUGCCCCUGGUUUUGUAUCGGUAUGGUUGAUGGAGGAAUAUGGGGUCAAGGAGUCGUGGACUCGAGUUAUACACUUUCGGUUGCAGAAGUCAGCAAGAGAGGAGUUUAGACCCUUGUGCAUUUUGCAGAAUGGUGAAAUUUUGAUGCAUCGGAUUCUGUAUGAUGUGUAUGAUGAUCCUGAUCCUGACCCUGAUCCUUAUGAGUUUGAUUAUCAUGAUCCUGAUGAGUUUGAAUAUCCUGAAUAUCCCUAUCCUGAUCCUGAUGAGUUUGAUUAUCCUGAUCCUGAUCCUGAUCCUGAUCCAUUUGAUGAUCCUGAAGUGUAUGAUGAUCCGUAUGAGUUUGAUUAUCCUGAUCCUGAUCCAUUUGAUGAUCCUGAAGUGUAUGAUGAUCCAUAUAAGUCUGAUGAUCCGUAUGAAGAAUUUGAUUAUUAUGACUAUAAUCAAGAGACGUGGGAGAGAGAAAUAAGCACAUUGGUAUUAGUUGAUCAAACCAGUUGGGGGUAUGUUUUUGAGGUUGACUUGGGUCUCGGAUCUGCCAUUUACAAGGAGACUUUAGUUUCACCGCUAACAGCAGUCAGUACUGCAGACAUAUGAUACCAACAUUAUUGUAAAUCUUGUCAGCCAAGUGGAAAUCUGACAUGGUACUUAAAUCGAUGGCAUUUUGCAAUCUCUCUUAAUAGAUGGCAUUUUUGGUUCCAUGUCUGGAUCGAUGGCAUUUUGCAAUUUCUCUUAAUAGAUGGCAUUUUUAUUUAAUCUGAAAUAGUAGCUAAUAUUUCUCAUGUCUGUCAAU